UUAUAAAUAGCCCGCGUGGAAGCCCUGAAGCGAUUCAUCAGCCGGUCUCCACGUCCACUGCGCCUCCUGUCCCCGGAGCUCCAGGUCUACAAUGGCAGCGGCCGCCAGCCCCGCGUUCCUUCUGUGCCUCCCGCUUCUGCACCUGCUGUCUGGCUGGUCCCGGGCAGGGCGGGCUGACACACACUGUCUUUGCUAUGACUUCAUCAUCACUCCUAAGUUCAGACCUGAACCACAAUGGUGUGAAGUUCAAGGCCUGGUGGAUGAAAGGCCUUUUCUUCACUAUGACUGUGUUAACCACAAGGCCAAAGCCUUUGCUUCUCUGGGGAAGAAAGUCAAUGUCACAAAAACCUGGGAAGAACAGACUGAAACCUUAAGAGAUGUGGUGGAUUUCCUUAAAGGGCAACUGCUUGACAUUCAAGUGGAGAAUUUAAUACCCAUUGAGCCCCUCACCCUGCAGGCCAGGAUGUCUUGUGAGCAUGAAGCCCAUGGACACGGCAGAGGAUCUUGGCAGUUCCUCUCCAAUGGACACAAGUUCCUCCUCUUUGACUCAAACAACAGAAAGUGGACAGUGCUUCAUCCUGGAGCCAAGAAGAUGAAAGAGAAGUGGGAGAAGAACAGGGAGGUGAUUGUGUUCUUCCAGAAGGUUUCAAUGGGGGAUUGUAAGAUGUGGCUUGAAGAAUUUUUGACGUACUGGGAACAAAUGCUGGAUCCAACAAAACCACCCUCUCUGACCCCAGGCACUACCGAACCCAAAGCCAUGGCCACCACUCUCAGUCCCUGGGGCCUUCUCAUCAUCUUCCUCUGCUUCAUUCUAGCUGGCAGAUGAGGAGAGUUGUUUAGAGUGACAGGUGGAAGAUGAUAUCAAGAAGCCUCUGUUAGCCUGGUCUGGUUCCUGCUCUCCCUUCAGGGAGGCCGCCUGUCUACUCACCACUGUGCCUUUCUGGAAAGCAGGAGUUCAAGCCUUAGCAAGCCCACAGGCCCCAGCAGGUGAUGAGGGCAUUGUAGACUCAACAUCUCAUGCCACUCAUUACCU